GGCUACCACUUCACGUGCGCGACGUGCGGCGUCGAGCUCGACCACACGGCGCGCGAGGUCAAGCAUCGCCCGGGGUACGCCGCCAACGAUGUGAACAAUCUUUUCUGUCUGCGUUGCCACGACAAAAUGGGCAUCCCCAUUUGCGGCGCGUGCCGUCGCCCCAUCGAGGAGAGAAUCGUCACCGCGCUCGGCAAGCAUUGGCAUGUUGAGCAUUUCGUUUGUGCCAAAUGUGAGAAACCAUUCCACGGGCACCGGCACUACGAGAAGAAAGGUCUGGCGUACUGCGAGCAG